AUGAAAUCAAUGGUGAAGAUAACACAUGUGAUUUUUGAUUUGGAUGGACUAUUAAUCGAUACUGAAGUAGUCUUCUCGAAGGUGAAUCAGUAUUUAUUAUCGAAGUAUGAUAAGGAAUUCACUUCGCAUUUGAGAGGUUUGGUGACAGGAAUGCCGAAAAAAGCCGCUGUAACAUACAUACUCGAACAUGAAAAACUGUCUGGAAAAGUUGACGUUGACGAGUAUUGUAAAAAAUACGAUGAAAUGGCUGAAGAAAUGUUACCAAAAUGUCCCAUAAUGUCUGGGGUGUUGAAGUUUGUGCGGCAUUUAAAAACUCAUAAUAUACCUAUGGCUAUAUGCACAGGUUCGACUAAAAAAGAAUUUGAGCUUAAAACUCGGAAUCAUAAGGAGUUGCUUGAUUUGAUAUCUUUGAGGGUUUUGUCAGGUGAUGAUCCUGCCGUCAAACGAGGAAAACCGGCUCCAGACCCCUUUCUGGUAACGAUGGAUAGGUUCGAGCAGAAACCUGAGAAAGCUGAAAAUGUCCUCGUUUUCGAAGAUGCAACUAAUGGAGUAUAUGCAGCAAUAGCAGCUGGCAUGCACGUUGUCAUGGUGCCAGAUUUAACUUACAUGAAGAUUCCAGAUGAACUACAAAGCAAAAUAACUUUGAUACUUAAAAGUUUGGAAGACUUUAAGCCAGAAAACGUGGGAUUGCCGGCAUACGAUUGA